UCCAAUUAAAUAUCAACAAACGAAACACGCGGACAGCGCCAGAUCGAACUCUGGGCAUCAUUUCAUGUAAAAAUGGUAACGAUAAAAGGAAAGAGUAACUCAAAUGCAAAGCAAAAGAAAGUCAAAAGCGCCGGGGAUAGCCCAGUAGUGAAAGCGAAGGGCUGGCAGAAGGUAAAAAUCAAGGGCCACGUGAUAUCCAACGACUUUACCGGUUACGAGGGCCUGAUUGGCCUCGAGGUGCUGAAGGAUUACGAUGCGGCACUGGUGAAAUCAACACAGAAACAGAGUGGCACCAGAGGCAAUGAAAAGAACAAAAAACGCAAGCAACCAAAACCCGAGGAUGAUUCAGAACCUUCGACUACCGAAGACGAAAGCGAUAGCGAAGCUGAGGAGGAGGCUAGCAGAUCAUCAAAGUCUAGUAAGAAAGCUCGCAUGGCGGAGCACCGUGCACAGCGCAUUCUGAAGCAGCGGGAGAAGCGUGAAAAGCGAAAGGAACUGCGAAAACAAAAGAAGGCUGCACCUAAUUCAGAGCCCAAGUCAACCAAGUCAAAAUUCACACCAAAUGAUGAGUAUGCGCCUGAUCGAUUUGCGCUGCUUCGACCGCUGCCGGAGGAUGGCACCGACUUGGCGGCGGCAAGCUCCGGAGACGAGGAAGUGCCACAACUUGUACCCUCCACCCCGCAAGAUGAGAAAGAUAUGACGAAAUGGAAUGGCAUGGGCGUGCCGGCCCCAAUUAUGCGCGCCUUGGCAGAGCAAGGCUACGAGGCGCCCACCCAAAUUCAGGCCAUGACCCUGCCUGCCGCUAUACAUGGCAAGAAGGAUAUACUUGGCGCUGCUGAAACUGGAAGCGGCAAAACACUUGCCUUUGGCAUACCCAUACUCUCGGGCAUUAUGGAGCUGAAGCAGCGCAACGACGGGUCAUGUAUUCGCAAGGCGCCGAAGGUUAAAGGCACGCAACAAGUGGAAGAGCCGCCACAGUCGAAGGACAAUCACAAUCACGAGCUGACACCGCCGCCAGAGGAACUGGACUAUGUGUCCGGUGCCAGUGAUGAAGAAAGCGAUGCUGAGGAGCACAACCAGGGCAUGGGUCGUCCACUCUACGCUGUGGUGCUGACGCCCACCCGUGAAUUGGCCGUGCAGGUGAAGAAUCAUCUUGUCGCAGCGGCCAAAUAUACGGGCAUUCGUGUGGCAGCCAUUUUUGGUGGCCUAUCUGUGGCCAAGCAAGAGCGCGUGCUGCGCCAGUGCCCCGAGAUUGUGGUAGCCACGCCGGGUCGCCUCUGGGAACUGUAUGCGCAGGGCAAUCAGCACCUGAACAAGAUUGAAAAUGUUAACUUUCUGUGCAUAGACGAAACCGAUCGCAUGGUGGAGAAGGGUCACUUUGAGGAGCUGCGCAGUCUGCUCAAGGUACUCAACGCGGAUGAGGACCGCAAAAAGUUGCGCCAGAACUUUGUGUUCUCCGCCACAUUGACGCUCGUGCACGAUCUACCCGAGCAUAUGCAAAAACGUAAUCUGGCUAAACGUCCCAAGUUUGUCAAGCAAACGGUGGAUCAAAAGAUUGAGAGCUUAAUUGAAGAGUUGGGCAUAUCGCAGCCCAAGAUUGUGGACAUUACCAGCAGCCAACAAACGGCACAAACACUCACCGAGAGUAGGCUGCUGUGCGCGAUUGAUGAGAAGGACUAUUAUCUGUACUAUUUUGUGCAACGUCAUCCUGGUCGUACCAUUGUCUUCUGCAACUCCAUUGACUGCGUUAAGCGUCUGGCCACGCUGUUCGGUUUGCUGGAUUGCAAUCCGUUGCCGCUGCACGCCAACAUGAUACAGAAGCAGCGCCUAAAAAAUCUGGAACGCUUCCGUGAUAGUCCGAUGGGUUUGCUGAUAGCCACCGAUGUGGCUGCCCGUGGUCUAGACAUACCCAAUGUUGAGCAUGUGAUACACUACCAAGUGCCACGCACCAGCGAGAAUUAUGUGCAUCGGUCGGGUCGCACGGCGCGUGCCAAUAAACAUGGCAUAACGGUCAUGUUUAUGGAACCUGGCGAGGUCAAGACCUAUGUAAGGUUAUACAAAACCUUGGAAAGAACUGAGGAUCUACCUCUUUUUCCAAUCUCUGAGCGCUUUAUGGGCUCUGUCAAGGAGCGGGUUAAUCUAGCACGCGAACUGGACAAGGAGGAAUUGAAGCUGCGACGCACACAAAGCGAGGAGGGUUGGAUGAAAAAGCAUGCCGAGGAAAUGGACAUGAUUAUUGACGGCUAUAACGAUGAGUCUGGCAGCGAUCAAGACGAGGAUCCGUUUAUCAUUGAGAGGAGACGAAAUCGCGUGCAUGUGGAUACAGUGCGGGCACAACUUGCCGCCCUGCUAUCGAAGCCUAUUUUCCCCAAGGGUUUCAGCUUUAAAUAUCCCACCAGCACGGGUCAGCUUCUCUCGGGCUCAGAUAUGGCUACCAGUAAUGGGAAGAGUGCUGUUGAAACAAUGAAGGCGGCCAUUGAGGACAUGAAGCUUGCCAAGAAACAGCGCAACAAACGCAAACGCAAUGUAUAAACUAAUAUAAUUUAGUUUACUGUAAAAAUAAAUUGAUGUAUUCAAUGCUUUGAAACAAA